AUGGGAUUCCUAGCGGAGUUGCUCAAUGCAUUUGUUAGAGAUGUUGAUAUCAGCAUAGAUUUCGAUAUGGAUCUAGAGGAAUUCUCCAAUUGGAUCAUUAAUGCUACCAACUCCGGUUUGCCCAAUGACGCAUCACUUAGAAAGACAGCUUACGAUCUCAACGCCGAAUGCAACAGUCAGGCAUUCUGUCUCCUGUUUUCUGAAAACGACUCUGCUUCUCCAGAAACCAUCGAGUUGAAAUUCAUACAGGCCAAGACCUUACAGAUCGCGAAAUACUUCAACGAUAUCCAUGCAUUCUCAGGACUUUUUAAAGAAGUCCAUAGUUAUACAACAUUUUUACCUUGGUUCAAAGGUCUUGUAGAACUGUACCGUUACUACUGGGUCAACUAUGGCUCUCUCAAUGCUGGCUCUGUAAAUUUUGACCAGUUUCUUCGUUUAGACUCUUACUCAGACCAGUUCGACAUCAUGAUUGAACCGUUGAAUAAAGACGCCUACAGCGACAAGUUAUCUGUUUCCAAUUGGUUCAAGAACGUUAUUUUACCAUUAAUUAACUAUAACAACAACAAUUUCGGCCCAUUGUUGAACUGGCUUUUUUUGGAAGAAACUGUUGUACUUUCGCAGCCAGCUUCUAGAAAGUACGACAUUUGGAACAAGGCUCUUAAGGCAAUUAUAGAGUAUCCCAGUAUAGGCUUCAAUGACUUUAAGGAUGUAAUUCUGUAUUUCCUAGCAAGCUGCUAUUAUUUUGCACUCUACCACGAGAACUCUGACCGAAUACUUACCAGUGAAGUCAUCAAGAAAUACGAUUUGAUCAAAGAUACAUUGGCCUUGUUAUGGACAGAAAAGGAAGCGCCAUCAUUUGACAUACAGGUGUCUGAGCUUCCUGCCUAUGCUUCUUUUAUUGAAUUCCUAAAGACAGAGAGCAAUCCCUUGAGACCACUAUUUGAACCUACAGGCAGUUCUAUCGUAGCAUUAAGUGAAAUCAUCGAUACUUGCCAAUCGUUGUAUCCUAUAAACAAGCUUUCAAUUGCAAGAUACUUGGAAUUGAAGAAUCCAAGUUCAGCCCACGACGACAAGGGCAAAGAAGUGAGGAAAAUCAUUGCAAAUGUAAAUCCUGGCAACUACAACAGCUUGUUGAGCUCUGCUAAAUUGUUUUAUGGCAAAUUUGUAGAAGACAAUGAUGUAGAAAAAACAAAGGUCAAGGAAAUAGUCCUUGAAAGAUUGCUCUUCGCCAACUUGUUUGAAGUUGUUCUGGAAUUGUACUCGACCCCAGAGUUCAGAUUACCUGUUAAUAAUUACUAUACUCUCAUUUCAGACAAGUUUUGGGAUUCGUUCAACAAUUCUUCCAGUCUUAACGAAAAAAUCGGAAGAUUCAAGGAUGCCAAUAAUUGUGUUAAUCUCUUCGACUCAAUUUCUGCAGAUCCGGAAUUGGAGCCAGAGAAUAAGGAUCAGAUCAUUCGCAUCAAGCAUUUAUUGAAGGCUAUAUUCAACAUCAAGAACUUCAAACUUUCUUUGGAAAAGGGGAAACCUUUCACACCAUUUCAAUUAGUUGAUAAAUUUAGAAACGUGGGCCAGUUUGCAGUGGGAGAAAAGUCCACGCCACUUGACUUGAUAACAAUCAUUUUGGAACAGAACGCCAAGUCAUACUUGGCUUUUGAAAAGCUCUACAAGAUCUUGAACGAUUUGUUAUUGUUCUUUGAAGAUGGAACACAUGAGUCUGACACUCACUACUUCAACAAGUUGAAGUCCGCAUGCAUUGAGUCGUCAUUGGUUGCUAACGAUUUCCAGUUUGCCUAUGCACAGAGUAUGGGUUUAUUCGAUCACUAUGUGAAGAGCGACAGCAACUUGAACGAUAUAUGGUUGACAUUCUACCAGGUUGGAAAGUAUGUGUCGCCGUUGUGGUUUGACGAUGACUCUUAUCAAGAGGAAAGGAUCCAGAUUCUCUGCAAGCAACGAGAAAUCUUGCUGAGAACCAUACAGAUUAUUCAGCCUAACAGCUUGACGUCAGACAACAGCAAGGUGAUCUUGAGCCAAUGGGAAAGAGUCAAUAGCCAGAUCGAAGAGCAUUACACUAUGACAGACAACCUUGGAUAUAUGGCUAACGAAUUGAUCAGCGAUGCUACGGCUACGACCAAUAAAACCAGCGAAAAGUUGUCCAAUCUCUUUGUUUCCGGAUUGGGCUGGGCAAUCGGAGCCAAUCAACAGCAGUAG